AUGCUCUCUUCAGAACAACAUGGCUUCUUUGAGGAUUUCUUAGACUCACGUAGGGCUGGGUGGCGUGAUUACGAAGAGGAUGAAGCUCUGUAUUUCAAAUUUAAACGCGACGGCGGGCGACGAAGAAGAAAGUUAAUCCUGGCCUUUAGUCUUUGGUUCCUUUCACUGCUCGCUGUGUUUCUAUUUUUUUGGUCCCGAUACUCCCGUUCUCCCAACGAUGUAUCUACCUCCGAAACAAACAACGUGGGCAACCAAGAUAUUCCUGUCUGGCAAGAGCUUAAAGCCCCACGUCUGUGGAGUCUUGACACGCAAGACGUUAGGAACCAGAAGGUGGUCUAUAUCAACAAUGUUGACUUCCAAAGUCUAAUGUAUGGAGGUCCAUCGGUUACUCUGAUUGACCAUAAGGUCCAAGACAUCGGCCGUAAUGGAUGUCAUGUUGAGGACCACCAGAGUGUUAUGGGUAGAAUUGCUAUUGUCCAAGAUCCUAGUAAUGCCUGCGAUCUUUGGACAGUGACUGAAUAUGCUCAAAAGGCUGGAGCCCUGGCUGUUUUGUUUUAUAGCACAAGUGGCCAACUACUCUCAGGCUCAGUUUUACCUCAUUCUUGGAAACAAGAUGAUCCCUUGAGUUCUAUUCCUGUCCUAUCAAUUACGCGUGACUUGGGUGCUAAACUGAUCGAGGGCAAAUCGACAUUUUUUGUAUCUAUUGUAACAGACAUUUUGAGCGGAGCAUCGAAGGAAUCAGAAGUAUCAGAGGAAUCAGAGGAAUCAGAGGAAUCAGAGGAAUCAGAGGAAUCAGAGGAAUCAGAGGAAUCAGAUGUAUUAGAGGUAGAAGUGCCGCCAUCUGACGAGCAGGAUGAUGAAGACCUCGAUACUAUAGACAGAAUAGACAGAUUACUCGCUCCUCUUCUCAAAUUUUGGGAAGACGUGAAAGCUACUCUCACGGCGCCUUGGGCAUGGAUCGGAGAGAACGUCAGCAUUUGGGCUCCGUGUAUUGGAAAGAUAAUUUCAUGGAUAUGUGUUGGAGCUGUUUUCGGCGCCGUAGCAUUGCCAGUGGCAUUUUUUCUGUUGACUAUUGCGCUUGGAUUUGGAGCCGAGGGGAUCUAUGCUGGAACAUGUGCGGCUACAUGCAUGGCCUGCUAUGGAGGUUAUGUCCCUGCUGGUGGAUUUGUAGCAUAUAUGCAAUCAGUAGGCGCCUUGGGAAUUGCGGCUGCAUUUAGCCCAUUUACCUUAAUAAUCGGGGCCAUCGUUGGCUUAUUUGGAGGCGGUUAUUAUGCCAAAGUUAUUAUUGACGUAUGCUCAGUCACUCCUUAAGAGUACCUAGAGAUGUAAAUAAACAAACGCAGGGUCGUGAAGUUCUAUUCUGAUCUCUUGCAGAUGACAG